AUUCAGUCAGUCUGUUCUGCUGAUUUUCUUGUGAUAGCUUUGGAUUAUCAUCUGAGCUAAUAUUUUAUUUUGGAGUAAUUGGGAGAGUAACUCCUUUAUAUCCUCAAGAUGACUGAAUCUAAAGAAAACAUUUUCCUUUUCGUGCCUAACAUCAUCGGUUUUGGGCGAGUGAUCCUUGCGAUUAUUUCUUUCUAUUUUAUGCCGACGCACUGUAUACUAGCCUGCGUGUGCUACGUGACCUCCGCAUUGCUGGACGCUAUAGAUGGUCAUGCCGCAAGAUACUUUAACCAAAGUACAAAGUUUGGUGCAAUCCUGGACCAGCUGACUGACAGAGCUGGUACCGCCUGCUUGAUGAUGACCCUGGCUACCUUCUACCCACAGUACACAUUCUGGUUCCAAAUAUCUAUGGCUAUUGACAUCACAUGCCACUGGUUAUACCUUCACACCGUCACCUUGCAAGGAAAGGCUUCCCACAAGUUCAUCGACAUGUCUGAGAACCCCAUAAUGCGUAUCUAUUACACUAACAAGCUGGUGCUCUUCUUCAUGUGUGCGGGCAACGAGGCGUUCUAUGCAGCUUUGUAUGUGAUGUACUUUUAUUCUGGACCUACAGUUCUGGGUGUUGGCCUGUACAAACUGAUAGCGAUCAUCUCUGCACCAGUUGCUAUUGUUAAAGCUGGGAUUUCAGUCCUACAGGGUGUUGUUGGAGCCAUCAACCUUUCUACAAUUGACAUCAACGAGCGAGCUGCUUUGGCUGCCAAGCAGAAGAACUAAGUACUUUCAGUACAAAUGGCUCAUGAGCAGAAUAUUAAUAUCAUUGUAGAUUAUAAUAAGUUCAAAAGUUUUGUUGAAAAUACUCCUUUUUAUGAAUGUAAUAAUAAAGAAGUUGAUGUGCAUCUUAUGAUGAAAAAAAUAGUUACAAAACCUAGUCACGAGUUUAUCUCAGUACAACAGAAAUAUUAAUAAUCUGCUUUUGGCUACAUAUUUAUUUGUUAUUAUUUUUGUAACCAAAGCAAUUUUUUUUACGAAAUCUGUUAUGUGGUAGAAUUAUUUUAUAAUCAUGUUGAUUGUAUAUUUUUGGUGUUGGUAUAGGCUUUUUAUGUGUUAGUCAGAACUUUGUGAACUGUAUGUAUGUGCACCACACCACAUACGCACCUUUCUUUGUAUGUAUGUUCUCACUUAAAAUAUUUGACUAUAAGUGAAUCAGAAACUGCAAUCAAUCAUUAACUAUUUUAAACAUCGCUAAAAUAAAUACUAACUCAUAAGCCAAGAACUACCUUGUGGCUCACAUUGCAGUGUAUGUAUGUUCUUUAAGAUCUAAGAUCUUUUAUUAUCCUAAGUGACAAACAAAUCAGAAACUCGCAAAAUACGAGGGCUAUUAGCAAAAUUUCGCCUAAAACGAUUGGGUAGAAGGGAGCAUGGUGUAUAAUAAAAAAGAUAAAAUAAUAAAAAAAUAUUUAAUAUAAAAAAUACUUACUACACUUACAUUGUAUACGUUUUUACCACCCUGUCUUCAAAUAAAUAUAUUUAUUUUAUAUUUGAACCUGUUGUCUGGUUGUAUUGGUGGUCUAAUUACAGCGGUUUCACGCUAGCGGAUUUCGUUGCGCGUAUGAACGGCGCAAGCCCGCAGCUGUCAAUUGUUCAAAAAUUACUACCGCACGUAAAAUCCGCUAGUUUGAAAGCGUUUUACUUGUAUGUGUAAGAGUGAAACUGCCCUUUCAACUGUAAUUAUUAUUGUCAGAGGAAUGGUGAUCUCUACUUAUUUACAGUCAACAUUAUAGACAUUUGUGAAGUAUUUUAUAAGUUUUGUGUAUUUAUAGGUAUGGCUACUGAUAUUAUUGACAUGCAAUGAUAUUGAUGGCGUAUCUCUCAUCUGAUGUAUUUCGAAUUUAAAUUAGGCUUAAAAUUAAACGUCAUGUGAACCCCUCCAAAGUCCUGUAGAAAACUAGGACUUCUCUCUUCGAGUCGGGAGUAAGAUUCUUUGUAAGAUGACCAGAACAAAUAUUUAUUUAAUAUUAAAUGUGAAGUCUUUGUGAAAUAAUAGUAGCUAUUCUGUGUUGUUAUUGAAUGUGAUAAAUGUUAUUACUUCCUAUUUUAAUAUUUUUUUGCAUCUGUUGUAGUUCCAUCUUGUCAGGAAAAGUUGCAAUACUAUGUUAAUCGCAUUUAAUGUACAUUUUUAUUUUUAUACUUUACUUUAAGGAACCUUCUAUUUUUUAUUAUGUAUAUUCCUUAGUACAUUCCAGCCACCAUGGAAGGGAUUAAAAGAAUGGAGUGUACCUUCAACUUUAUGUUGUAAAAAAUAUAUUGCACCUUUUUUAUAUUAUGGCCUUUAGUUUUUUUUAAUAUUCAUUUAAUUUUACCUAUUUAAGUAGUAUAUUGUGGUUUAAAAAAAGUUAAGUUUUAUGCUGUAUAACUAAAAGGUAAUAACAGUUAACUUUAUUAAUAAAAAAUGUUUUAUUUUUACGAAUGUGUAUGGAUUUAACGUAAUCGAUAAAUAUGUAACAAUGAUCAUCACAAAUUAUUCUUCUGUAUCUAUAAAUAAGUUGUUGCUCUUCCAGUUACCUACCCAGUAAAGGAAUAAUUUGGGGAAUUUAUUAUGGUUAAACAGGUAUUAUUUAUUUCGAAACUAGAGUGGUGAGAUCUUAUUUAUGGUAAAUAAAAAUAAUGUUUGUUGCUAUGUACCUAUAUUUAACUCUAUUUGUUAUAUGCUACAUAAUAAAAAGAUCUCCAAUUCUCCAUAAUUAAUAAAGGAACAUACUAGGCUGAUACGAAAAUAUGUAAUUAUAUUAAUGUUGAACCCCAAUAAAUGUCUGAAAAAUAA